UUGAGGAAGACAACUUGUCGAGGUAUGUCACAACAAUAUAUUUACCCAAACCCCACGCCACUUUCUCGCACGAGAAUCUUUUUUCUCUCGCCGUCCAUCGAACACCCGGAAACUCGAGAACUGACAAGAUGAUCUCUACAGGCCUUCGUCAAGAUGCAGAUCUUCGUCAAGACCCUCACGGGUAAAACCAUCACCCUUGAGGUUGAGUCUUCGGACACCAUUGACAAUGUCAAGUCCAAGAUCCAGGACAAGGAGGGAAUCCCCCCCGACCAACAGCGUUUGAUCUUCGCCGGCAAGCAGCUUGAGGACGGCCGUACUCUUUCUGACUACAACAUUCAGAAGGAGUCCACCCUUCACUUGGUUCUCCGUCUGCGUGGUGGUGGCAAGAAGCGCAAGAAGAAGGUCUACACCACUCCCAAGAAGAUCAAGCACAAGCGCAAGAAGACCAAACUCGCUGUGCUCAAGUACUACAAGGUUGAUGGUGAUGGCAAGAUUGAGCGUCUCCGCCGUGAAUGCCCCUCUGCCGAGUGCGGUGCCGGUGUCUUCAUGGCUGCCAUGCACAACCGUCAGUACUGCGGCAAGUGCCACCUUACCUACGUUUUCGACGAGUCCAAGUAAAUGUUACGAUCAAGUGAUAUAUUCAGGAUGAUAGGUUAUAGUGGCUUCAAAUAGAAAGAGACCAAU